GUGGAAGAUGAACGGCACAGAGCUAAAGCUGGAGCCCGAUUCCCGCUACAGGCUGGUGGCCGGGGAUUUGGUGAUCAGCAACCCCGUGAAAGCCAAGGAUUCCGGCUCCUACCAGUGCGUGGCAUCCAACUCCAGGGGCACCGUGGUGAGCAGGGAGGCCUCGCUCCGCUUUGGCUUUUUGCAGGAAUUCUCGGCGGAAGAGCGGGACCCUGUGAAGAUCACCGAGGGCUGGGGGGUGAUGUUCACCUGCAGCCCCCCGCCCCACUACCCAGGUUUAUCCUACCGGUGGCUCCUGAACGAGUUCCCCAAUUUCAUCCCGGCCGACGGGAGACGUUUCAUCUCCCAGACCACGGGCAACCUCUACAUUGCAAAGACGGAGGCCUCGGACCUGGGCAACUACUCCUGCUUUGCCACGAGCCACAUGGACUUCAUCACCAAGAGCGUCUUCAGCAAGUUCUCCCGCCUCAGCCUGGCCGCAGAGGAUGCCAGGCAGUUCCCACCCAGCAUCAAGGCCAGGUUCCCUGCGGACACCUACGCUCUGACCGGGCAGGUGGUGACCCUGGAGUGCUUCGCCUUUGGGAACCCCGUGCCCCAGAUCAAGUGGAGGAAGCUGGAUGGGCCACAGUCCUCCAAGUGGAUCGGCAGCGAGCCCCUGCUGCAGAUCCAGCAGGCUGGAUUUGAGGAUGAGGGGACGUACGAGUGCGAGGCAGAAAACGCCAAAGGGAGGGACACCCACCAGGGCCGCAUCAUCAUCCACGAACCGCAUCGAAGUGAGCGGUGGAGAGCUGAGAUUUUCCAAGCUAGUCCUGGAGGACUCUGGCAUGUAUCAGUGUGUGGCUGAGAACAAGCAUGGCACAGUUUAUGCAAGUGCUGAAUUAACAGUGCAAGCCUUAGCUCCAGAUUUUAGACUAAACCCGGUGAAGCGCCUGAUCCCGGCAGCCCGCAGUGGGAAGGUCAUCAUCCCGUGCCAGCCACGAGCAGCACCAAAAGCCACCGUGCUCUGGACCAAAGGGACAGAACUCCUGGUCAACAGCAGCAGGGUGACCAUUACGGCGGACGGGACCUUGAUCCUGCAGAACAUCAGCAAAUCCGAUGAGGGAAAAUACACCUGCUUUGCUGAGAACUUCAUGGGCAAAGCCAACAGCACUGGAAUCCUCUCUGUCCGAGAUGCCACCAAGAUCACGCUGGCACCAUCGAGCGCCGACAUCAACGUGGGCGAGAACCUCACCCUGCAGUGCCACGCGUCCCACGACCCCACCAUGGACCUCACCUUCACCUGGUCCCUGGAUGAUUUCCCCAUCGACUUUGACAAGUCCGAGGGGCACUACCGGCAAGCCAGCGCGAAGGAGGCCAUUGGGGACCUCAGCAUCUCCAACGCGCAGCUGCGGCACUCGGGGCGUUACACGUGCACGGCCCAGACCGUGGUGGACAGCGCGUCCGAGUCAGCCACGCUCACCGUCAGAGGACCUCCAGGCCCACCCGGAGGGGUGGUGGUGAGGGACAUUGGUGACACCAGCGUCCAGCUGAGCUGGAGCCGUGGCUUCGACAACCACAGCCCCAUCGCCAGAUACCUCAUCGAGGCCCGGACCCUCCUGUCCAACCAAUGGAAGCAGAUGCGCACCAAUCCCGUAAACAUCGAGGGCAACGAGGAGACGGCGCAGGUGGUGAACCUCAUCCCCUGGAUGGAUUACGAGUUCCGGGUCCUGGCCAGCAACAUCCUGGGAAUUGGGGAGCCCAGUCUGCCCUCCAGCAAAAUCCGCACCAAGGAAGCAGCACCGACGGUGGCACCGUCCGGGCUCGGCGGCGGCGGAGGGGCUCCCAACGAGCUCAUCAUCACCUGGACGAACCCAAAGCGGCUCCUUACAGAGUCAUUGCCAAGUCUGUCCUGUCCUCGGAGAUGGAUGUGUCCUGGGAGCCCGUGGAGCAGGGAGAAAUGACCGGAGUGCUUUUGGGAUACGAGAUCCGGUACUGGAAGGACGGGGACAAGGAGGAGGCGGCUGACAGAGUGAGGACAGCGGGGCUGGUGACAUCGGCCCAUGUCACCGGCCUGAACCCCAACACCGACUACCACGUGUCAGUGCGAGCCUACAACCGGGCAGGGACCGGUCCCCCAAGCCCUGCCACCAACGUCACCACCACGAGACCUCCACCAAAAAGGCCACCUGGGAACAUCUCCUGGACCUUUUCUGGCUCCACAGUCAGCAUCAAGUGGGACCCCGUGGUGGCCAAGGCAGACGAGUCGGCGGUGACGGGGUACAAGAUGCUCUACAGGCAGGAUUCCCACUCGGCCCCCACCCUGUACCUGGCCAGCAAGAGCCAGAUCGACAUCCCCAUCCCUGAGGAUUUCACUCACGCUUUCGUCCAGAUCCGGGUCACCGGGCCCGGCGGGGACGGGACUCCAGCAGAAGUUCACAUCCUCAGGAACAGCGGGACGAGCAUGAUGGUGGAGGACUCGGGGAUGAGGCCAGCGCCACACAUCGUGGUCAUCACCACCAACUCCCUGCUGAUGGUGGCCCUGAUCAGCUCCCUGGAGCUCUGACCUUGGAUCCUCCCCAUCCCAUGGGAACAACGCAAAUCCCAUGGGAACAACACCAAAUCCCAUGGGAACAACACCAAAUCCAUGGGAACAACACCAAAUCCCAUGGGAACAACACCAAAUCCCAUGGGAACAACACCAAAUCCUAUGGGAACAACACAAAAUCCCAUGGGAACAACACCAAUCCCAUGGGAACAACACCAAUCCCAUGGGAACAACACCAAAUCCUAUGGGAACAACACCAAUCCCAUGGGAACAACACCAAAUCCUAUGAGAACAACACCAAUCCCAUGGGAACAACACCAAAUCCUAUGGGAACAACACCAAUCCCAUGGGAACAACACCAAAUCCAUGGGAACAACACCAAUCCCAUGGGAACAACACCAAUCCCAUGGGAACAACACCAAAUCCUAUGGGAACAACACCAAAUCCAUGGGAACAACACAAAAUCCAUGGGAACAACACCAAAUCCUAUGGGAAGAACACCAAAUCCAUGGGAACAACACCAAUCCCACGGGAACAACACCAAUCCCACUUCGGGGCAGCACCAUGGGGAGAGGAUUGGAAGAUUGGACCACGUGGUUGGAAGGGAGGAAGAAAUUAAAAACAGCUUUUUUUUUUUUGGUUUUGAGGAACAAAAGCUUUCAUACAAGACAUGGGUCUUUAACUGAUUAAAUGUUUUUUAAGGAAAAUGAAGAAAACGAGGAAUUCUCCGGGAAUUCUGCAGCCAGCUGCCCCCGCCCUCACUGUAUCCAUAGGUUUUCUGCCUUACUGAAGCCAUGUAUGAGAUAACCAGACUGCUAAAUUUGACUUUUUUUUUUUAACUCUGUACAGUGAAUUCCGUGGGGGGACGGGGACUGAGGAGUUCAGGGAGCAGCAUGUUCCACACCCAUCCCACCACAGCCAGCUCGGAGCAUUCGUGGGACGGGAUUGAUCCCUUUUCCCCACAAAAAAGAGCCAAACCCUGCAGGACCCAGCCCAAGGAGACAAACCCAUGGGAGGGACGAGCUCUGCCCCAGCCUGAAAAGCUUUUUUUACUACUCUGGUGUUCACUUGCAGCCCCAGCCUGGUGCUUGUCUCAGCUGUGAGGUGCAAAUUCCGUGUUUUCCCAUAUCCCGCGUGCUUUUGGGGUGGAUUUGUCACCCUGUUUGCCUCUUUGGGAAAAAGGGAACCUUUCCCAGAAUCCUUAAUUUGGGCCAGCUCUGCCUAAAAACAGAGGUGUCAACAAAUCCAAUUUCAGAGGGGCUUAAAGAAGGAAUUUUUUUAAAAAAAUGACAAAAUUAAAACAGGAAUGGGAGACUCCAGGAAGCCACCACUGGGACAAGAAGGAAAAAUUGGACUCGGAUUCAUCUCCCUGCACUGAGAAUUCACCCAGCCAAAAUUCCAGGCUCGGAUUGGGACUGCAAAGGCUGAGAUCCAGCCAGGAAGAGGCUCUGGAUUCCAGCUCCGACGGCUGCCGGGCAUCCCAAGGAAAUUCUAGGAUGCUGAGUGGAUUUCCCCCUCCACUCCAGAGGCUGGGAAAAGCAGGAAUGCUGAGCUGAGCACCCACAGGACUGGCUGGGAAUCGAUGUUGCCUGUUGAAAUCUCUGUCUCCCAGUAAAGCAGUUGACCAAAGUUAACGAGAA